AUGGCCCCCAAGGCGGAGAAGAAGCCGGUGGCGGAGAAGGCCGAGAAGACCACGGCGGCGAAGAAGACCAAGGCCGAGAAGCGGCCGCCGGCGUCCAAGGAGGGCGGCGAGAAGAAGGGGAAGAAGAAGUCCAAGAAGAGCGUGGAGACGUACAAGAUCUACAUCUUCAAGGAGGGCGGUGAGAAGAAGGGGAAGAAGAAGUCCAAGAAGAGCGUGGAGACGUACAAGAUCUACAUCUUCAAGGUGCUGAAGCAGGUGCACCCGGACAUCGGCAUCUCCUCCAAGGCCAUGUCCAUCAUGAACUCCUUCAUCAACGACAUCUUCGAGAAGCUCGCCGGCGAGUCCGCCAAGCUGGCGCGCUACAACAAGAAGCCCACCAUCACGUCCCGGGAGAUCCAGACCUCCGUCCGCCUCGUCCUCCCUGGCGAGCUCGCCAAGCACGCCGUCUCCGAGGGCACCAAGGCAGUCACCAAGUUCACCUCCUCCUAG